AUGGUAUCGCUAACAUUCAAAACCAGAAAACCAUUUACUGGACGUGUAUAUGUACGGGGGCUAGCUGACGAUGACCGAUGUUCCAGGAAUUUUGCAUCAAACGUCGAUCAGAGCAAAUUUUCACUGAUGAUUCAGAAUGGUGAUUGUACUAUGCAACGACAGCGAGUUACCGGUUCUUUGGAAGGCAUUAUGUUCUCCCUUACAAUCGUAGUAUCGUUUCAUGGGACAUUUGUCACGCGAGCUGAUCGUGCCUAUCGUUGCAUGUGUUUUUUCCGAAAUAUCAAACGGCUAACAUCCGGUGUAGAUAUGUCUUCAAUUGGCACCACUGAAUUGAUGGAUACGGUACAAAUGCCUACUUGCACAUACAGUAUUCAUUCUGGAAGCGCAGAUGGACCACCAGCUGUUUAUGGCCAAGUCGGUGAGAAAAUUUACCACGUUUGGGAAUGUGACGAUGACACACAAGGCUUUUUGGUACAUUCAUGCUUUGUUAACGAUGGACGAGGAACACGUUUUGACUUGCUUGAUUUGGAUGGAUGCGCUAUUGAUCCUAUCAUUCAACCUGAUGUGCAAUAUGACGAAGACUUGAGAAGAGCAGUGGUUGAAACGUGGGGUUAUAAGUUCAGUGAUACUUCGGUUUUAAAUUAUCAGUGUGUCGUGGAGUUGUGCAAGAAAAGUGCUGGUGAAUGUGAAGGUCUCAUUCCACCGACAUGCACCAGUAGUAACCGAAUUCGGCGCAGUGUAGCCAACAACGAUUCUAGUGUCAUAUUAGAAAGAAAUACGCAUCAGACAUCAAAUUUACGUCACAUUCACCAAAUGGAUUUGGUUGCUACACUCAGCAUGCUCGAUAAUAUUGAGGAAAAUGGAUUAUCUGACCCUCGAUCGCGUUAUUUAAAACAAGAAAUCACUCAGUCCAAUUAUGGGUCAAAAAAUGGAAUGGCAAUAGCAUUGGUAGCAUUACAGAGAGUAUGUCUAACUUAUCCAGUUUUUGGUUCAUUGCUUGUCGCUAUUUCACUUCUAUUUACCGCUUUAUCAACCACUGUGGUUUUCGUGUACAGGAGAAAUAGGUAA